UAUAUCGUUAAGUUUAUUAUAUGAAACGUGCAUACAUAAAAAAUGUUCUGGCAAUCGGAUGAUUUUAGGACAAGAGUGCCGAUGUUGAAUCCCACGGAAUUACCGCCGACGACUUCGACGCAGGGCAAAACGUACAUUUACAGAACUCGAGUUCCACGGAGAGACCCUACAGAAUCGACGAUGUCGACGUCGUCAUCGUCACCGUUGUUGGAGAAUAACGUUGGGCGUGCGAUAACGAGAAGAAGGGGUGCUGUUAAACAUAACAAAGUGCACAUUGUGCGGGGCCACAAACUUGUGGCCAAGUUUUUCCGGCAACCGACAUUCUGCGCUUUUUGUAAAGACUUUUUGUGGGGUUUUGGAAAACAAGGAUAUCAGUGCCAAGCGUGUCAAACGGCAGUGCACAAGAAAUGCCAUGAUAAAUUGUUAACUAAAUGUCCUGAGAGUGGAAGAGAAUCAGAAAAUACAAUAUAUUUGAGAGAACGUUUCAAGGUAGACGUUCCCCACAGAUUUCGCACUCACACAUUCAUGUCACCAACUUUCUGCGAUCAUUGUGGCUCGAUGUUGUACGGAUUGUUUCGACAAGGUUUAAAAUGCGACGCCAGGAUUCGAACCUGUGACCUCCCUCAAUCCGUGACGGGCGUUCCAAGUAGAACAUACUAGUCACGAAGACAUCAAGAUGACAUCAUUUUUGGAUCAUUUUUUAUGCAUCAUGGUGACGUCAAAGUAGCCCACCGAGAGCACCUAUUUGUGACAUCAUUAAGACAUUAAAAUGUUGUAAAAAUUAUCUUGUUUUGCAAAGCAAAGCUAAUUGAAUAUUGUACAUUAAAAAUAAAUUGAAGUAAUAUAAGAUAAACAUAACAUAUGACUGUUCAUGUAAUCUGUAAUAUAAAAUAUAUUAUUAUACACAUCACGAAUAUCAUAAAGCAGUAUGUCAUAAAUCAGUCAUUGCAAAGUAAAUCUUGAUGUCGAUCACUUUAUGACGUGAAAUUCAUCAUUUUAAUGUCACAUUGACGUUCUUGUGACUAACUUGUUCUACUCGGGGUCUUAGCCAGCUCGAGCCCCAUCCAUCUUACAAUAUUGGACCAAUACGUGGAAUACUAAAGUUACAUUAUUUCUCAAUAUUGCACCAAUACAUUGUGCUACUCGGGACUUUUCUACAAUAAUUACGUUAUCGUAUAAUAUUCAAUUUCUGAAAAUUAUGGAAAACGAUUACCCACAUUCUUGUGCUAAAAACAGUCAUUUUUUGUUAAGCAAUGUAGUAACGUUUUCUCAUGCAAUAAUGAGUGCGUUCCGGCAAGACACUGUUACCGUAGCGCUACAGCUUUUUUGCUACAAUUGUAGCGGCGUCAUACUUACAUUAGUGUGCAUAACCUCAAAAUUGCAUUUUAAUUGUAAGAGUUGCGUUUACCAAUUAAUUGAAACGAAUAGAAUGGAAAAUAUUGAAGAUUGGCUCAUGAAUGACAUAUUGUUCCUAGCAAUCCUUGAGCAAUUAUGAAAAAUGGCAACCGCUACGGUUGUAGCGGAAAGUUUUGCCGAAACGUACACGUGUAGCGCUACCGUAGCGCUAUAGUAGCAGUGUCUUACCGGAAUGCACUCAUGUUUAACGCAAGUUUCGAGCUUUUAGUGAUCGGUUUCGUAUAUGGCAUCAUCCGAACGUCUACACUAUUUGCGAAAGAAACACAUUGAACGAUUCCCGAGAAAAGUAUCCGCCAAAAACAAAUUUAGUUUACAUGAAAUACAGAUUACGGCCAUCAAUUCCAAACCAGU